AUGGCUCAACCGCCCGAUGUCGACAACAAGCGCAAGCGAAGUGUUGAGGGUAACUCGCCCAUGGGCUACCACUCGUCUCAGCAUCCGCAGCAAGCGCAACCACUUUCUAUAAACUAUCUUCCCCGACACGGUUCCGAACGACUCUCGCUCAUACAUGGCGAUGCGGAUACUUUUGCUGAUAUUCUGAAUCUACUGGGCGAAUACGAAGGCGUUCUUGACCGACACGAGAGUCUUGCGGCGAAUCUUGGAGCAAAGCUUACCGGGCCGCGUAUAUUAAAAGGUAUCGAACGCUUCUUUGACGGCCCCAUCAAGACGAAUUCUUCACAGCCCUUUGGAACACAAAUCAGCUGGAUCGACGUGGUGCAAUUUGCAAAGGCUAGCCCAAACGACUUUGUUCUCUUGACCCUCCCCGAUGGCUCGCGAUGCUGCCAGUUUCAUUGCAAAGGCACCCAAGUCGAAAUAUCCGAAGAUGAUUGGCGCUUAAUAUCCUCGGGUGCCUUGGAUCGCUUCCCUCUGGAGCACCCGUUUGAGGAGGACGAGACGGCCGAGCUAGCCACACUAGACAUUCUCGAACAGCGCACAUCCGUCCUCUAUAAGAAAGCAGACGAAGUGGCCGCUAGAGCACGCAUACUACACCAUCGGCUAGGUCAGAGGAAACAUGAUCUUGCCAGAAGGAGAAAUCCUGACGACAGUCCCGGGAGCAGCUAUCGCUCACCAACGGCUGGUACGAGGCCAAUGGGCACUGGCGCUUCAUACGAUCUGCACGCCGAUUUGCUACAGCAGUUUAUGAAUGCCUCGUCGUCGCUUUCACAGUCGAGAUCUGCGUCCAUUGCUGGUGUCUCAACGCCUAGCGUGGUUCCUGUCUCCCCAUCGCUGCACUCACCUCACCACCACCAUCUUCCAUCCCUCUCCAACAGAACUGUCUCCUACCAAGAAACGCCCACCAACACAAACAUCGACCACCGUGCCGAAUUUAUUCGAUCUCUGGUGAACCAAAAGAUGGACAGACUUGCCAAGGGAGAAAUAAUCAAUCCUCCAUGCGAUCGAUGCCGCCGUCUCCGGCUACAAUGUGUGCGUAAUCUGACUGCUUGUCAAGGAUGCACCAAAAAACAUGCCAAAUGCAGUUGGAAGUUUGUGAGCGAGGAAGAGGCGACCAGGCUCAAGCAAGAAAUGGGUAUUCGUGUUGAUAUGGAUCUGGAUGCGGAACCAAACCGUGAGCUUCCGGCCCUUAGAGACGGCCUGCUAGCUAGAGGCUUGGAUGGCCAACCUUCGCAAGCCAUGGAGUUGGUUUCCCGCCCCGAAAGCCGAACCGAUAUCGACGUACGCAAUUCGACGCCAUACAGCCCGGACCAUCUCUCCAGCGCAAGAUCUGACCACAGCAUGGAGGGCGGCCGCAUUAGCCUGCCUCCUCCGAGUUCCGGAUUCGCUGGACCACCGCCUCCUCGGCGAGACCCUUCGCGACUGAACCAGAUAGCCUCCAUCAUGACGCCGUCUGACUACUAUGCACAGAAUCACGGCUAUGGAAUGGGAGGACCAGCUGGCCCAGCUGCCCAACACAUGACCCGUCCACCCUCGCAGUGA